UGUUGAGCUGCAACGUAGUUGUUGGAGAAACUUAGACGUAGGUACUUUUAACAGUGAAGGAACCUGUCCGGUACAAUGAAGGCAGGAAAAAUUUGUAUCCUCUACGCCUUGCUUUAUCAUGGCAGCAUUUAUGAAGUAUUAGCUAAUCCAGUGAAACCAAAAAACGGAAAUGAAUCAGAAGACGCAAUAUUGCCAAUUCGAACGACAUCACAAGAUCUUGUUCCUGUGCCUUCAAGUGAUUUAGAAUCAGCCAGCGUGCUUACAAUCUCCCACACCCAUCCUCUACCACAAAGCCUUCAAAACAUAUAGUUACUCUAGAACCUCCGAAAAGUCAAGUUAGCUCAACAGAACAGUCUGCAUAUACAAUAUGGAAGGAAGCCGAAAAGAAUACCAAAAGUAUGGUUAACUCCCUUUACCGUGACUUUCUUCCUAGCUUUAUACGCACGAGUGGUGAUACCAAACUAUCGAGUCCGUGCAUGUCCAGCAUGUUAAAAUUGAUAUUUGAAAUAAGGAAACUUAAAACCUGGGCCAUUAGAAUGAUUGACGCCAUGGCUAAGCCUCCUAGCGGAAUAUUAGAAGGUACUCUAAUGGACCUUGGAGCCUACGACGAAUGCGUAAAUAUAAAUGUACGAAGUGGGAGAAAUGGAAAUGGGAAGAAAGAGCUGUUUCGAGGGAAAUACUGUCUCAUUGAAGCAAAACCUCCACUUCCCCAAAAACCAGAACAUGUAGCAUCAAAUACCCUUGUCAUUAACGAAUCAUUGUUUGAUAACAAUAUAUUUUCGGAAAUGAGCAGAUCUGCCCACUACUUCUACUACUUGACUUUUAUGUUCGGAGUCUGUGUGCCAUCUACAUGUAAUGACGAGGAUGUGGGAGAAAUUGUGAAAAAUGUGGAAAGUUUUCUCUUCUCAAAAACAUCUGUUUCUAGUUGCCACGUGAAAGAACCAGUUCGUCUGAGUGAGUCUCAGAUUGCAGUGAUAUGCGUUUUAGCUAUCUUUGGACUUCUAGUUGUCGUCGGAACAAUCCUGGAUUUAACCAAGAUCUACGACAUAGCUCCAAAUGCAGUUAGAUGGAUCGACAACCAUAAGAAAACGAUCCAGUACUUCCUUGCCUUUUCUAUCUAUUCUAACGGAAAACAACUGUUUGACCUGACCCAGCGUCCAGGAGACGUGUCAGCCUUGCACGGGAUUCGGUUCAUCACAAUGACGUGGAUAAUAUUGUGCCACACGUAUGCUUGGGCGCCACUCAUAGGUUUUAGAAGCUUGUAUAAUCUUCGUAAUUCUCAAGAAGAUUUGGCUUUUGAGGUAAUAUUGAAUGGCUGGAUAAGCGUUGACACUUUCUUCUUUUUGAGUGGAAUCUUGGUGGCCUAUAUUACGUUACGGCGACUUACGAAGUCUAAUGGAAAAAUGAACUUUGGACUGUAUCUAUUCCACAGAUACUGGAGAUUAACUCCACCAAUGAUGAUGGCAAUUUCUCUUGUCAUCCUGAUGGAAGGAUUGGGAUCUGGACCACUCUGGGACUUACAGGUGCGUGAUGAAGCAGAACGUUGUAAAAAAUCUUGGUGGAGUAAUCUUCUUUACAUAACUAACUGGAGAGCUUAUGAACAACGAUGUCUUUCUCAUUUAUGGUAUCUGUGUGUUGAUAUGCAGCUUCAUAUCAUAUCCUUGCUGAUUGUGAUACCGCUGUUCUGGAAGCCAGUUGUUGGAUUUGUUGUUAUAUUCCUCUUGGUAACUGGCUCAAAUAUUGCUGUUGGUAUGAUUACAGUGAUUAACACCUACUUUCCAACCAUGAUGCACCUUGCUCCUGACCUUGUGGUUAAUCAAAAACUGGAAAGAGACAUCUAUUGGAAGCCAUAUGGACAUUUAGGACCUUAUUGUAUCGGAAUAAUUACUGGAUAUUUGCUGCUUCAUCAUCGAGAUGUCAUUAUUAGGCCGUCAGGGCCCUCUGGUGAGAAAUGGCAAAUUAGAGGAAAAGAAAUAUGUGUUGGGUGUAAAGCUUAUGGUCUGAUCAAUUCCAUCCUCUCGUGGAAGAUUUUUCUUCCUCUGGGUCGACUCACUUACUCAGCAUACUUAUUCCAUUAUGUUAUAUUCUGGGUAAGAAACGGACUCCAACGUGAACGUCGAAACUUCAGCCAUUUUGAACGGUCUUUCGACUUCUUUGGCUACCUUACUCUGACCAUGGCGCUGGCUCUUUGUGCUUACCUUUUGUUUGAAGCUCCUUUUGCUGCCCUCGAGAAGCUCCUUUUCUUCCAGCUUCGUCAGCAGCAAGAUGAUGUAAAAACAAGGCUCGCUACAGAGAAGUCGGGGUUGUCAUUCUGUCAUUGGAAGAAAAGCAACGCAAAAACGAACAUUGUGUUGAAGAAAAUGAGCUUUACAACUGAAAUUAAUAAUGGUCACUGUGGAGUGGGUGAAACACAAGUGAAUGAUAAUGUAAACUCGAUCCGAACUGUCUUUAAUAAUGGUCACUGUGGAGUGGGUGGGAUACGAGUGGGUGAUACUGAUGACUCGAUAUGGGAAUAUUUUGCGAAUGCAAUUAAGAUAGGUAGUCAAAGAAAGCAUUUUUUUGAAAUUAACUCUACGGCUAAAACUUUUGAAGUGUCACAGUCUCAGACUCUCAUCCCAGAAUCGUCAGCAGAUUCGACUGAAUUAUUUUCUACGAGAGAAUCCACAGAGUCAACAGUACAGAGAUCAACAGAAACAAUCAGUUUUGUCAAAAAUUCAGUAACCUAUGAAAACACAACGAAUAUUAUGCCAACAAAAUCUAUCCCUGAAUUAUGGUUGCAAGCCGAAAAAAACAGCAAAGAGCUAAUAACCUCUCUAUAUCGCAGUAUUCUACCUGAUCUCGUACGCAGAAGCGGAGAAAUGAAAAUAACUGACCAGUGCAUGUCCAGUCUACUGAAGCUGAUAUUUGGUAUUAAAAGACUCAAAAGCUGGUCCAUAAGAAUGAUCGACUCCACGGCGAAGAUGCCAAGCGGUUUCUUAGAAGGGACUAUCAUGGCUUUAGGAGCUUAUGACGAAUGUUUAAACAUAAAAGUGCUAAACAGGAAUGAAGACAAAGAAGCGUUUCGAGGGAAAUACUGUCUGAUUGAAGGAAAACUGUUACUUCCUGAAAAACCGAAGAGGGUUUCGGCUAAGACUUUCGUUAUUAACGACUCGAUGUUUGAUUCAAGUUCUAGUCAGAUUGAUAAAUUUUGA